GGUACUCUGCCGUUAAGAUUGUUGGCUGCUGAAUAUGGUGCUGAUAUAACUUAUGGGGAGGAAAUAAUAGAUCACAAACUGUUGAAGUGUGAACGCCGCUUAAAUGGUGGAUGUACUGUCAAGCAGUUAGUGAUAAGGAUAGCUUCUGAAUUUUACCUUCAGGCUACAAUUUCUCUCUUCGAUUUUUUAUUAUUUAUUGGUGUUAAAUAGGUUUAUCAUUCGUAUAAAUGCAUUUAGUUAUCUUGCUUUUUCUCUUCAAUCAUCAAGUCUUAAUCAAGAAUGUGCAUCUAGUUAUAAUAUUCUCAAAAAUAUGCUAUUAGGUUUGGGUUCGUAUUCUAUGAACAUUUUCUCCUUUCAUGCAGCAUGUAUUGGGACUACUGAUUUUGUGGAGAAAGGUACUGAUGAUGUUGUUUUCAGAACUUGUGAGGAGGAAAGGAAUAGAGUCGUGUUUCAAAUGGGCACGGCAGAUGCUGUAAGGGCUCUUACAGCUGCUGAAUUAGUGUGCAAAGAUGUAGCAGCAAUAGAUAUCAACAUGGGUUGCCCAAAAUCUUUCUCUCUCACUGGAGGAAUGGGUGCUGCAUUGCUCUCUAAACCAGAACUUAUUCAUGAUAUUUUGACUACACUAAGAAGAAACCUGGACAUUCCAGUUACAUGCAAGAUCCGUCUGCUUAACACAUCCCCAGGCACAGUUGAAUUAGCACGCCGAAUUGAAAAGACUGGAGUUCCUGCUUUAGCAGUUCACGGAAGAAGAAUCAAAGACAGGCCAAGGGAUCCUGCCAAGUGGGAUGAGAUUGCUGAUGUUGCUGCUGCAUUAUCUAUUCCUGUUAUAGCUAAUGGAGAUGUCUUUGAGUACGAAGAUUUCAAACGGAUCAAAGACGCCACAGGUGCGUCAUCCAUAAUGGCGGCUAGAGGCGCACUGUGGAAUGCUUCAAUUUUCUGUCCCAAAGGCAAGUUAUCUUGGGAGGAAGUGAAAAAAGAGUAUGUAAGGAAGAGUAUUUUGUGGGACAAUGAUCUCAAGAGCACGAAGCAAACUUUGAAAGAGAUGAUAAUGCACUACUCAUGUCUUGAAUUCCGCGAAGGAAAGGCUGUAAUCAAAUCAGGGUCUCUGGCAGACUUGGCGAAAUUGUAUGGGGAAGAAGAGUACUACAAUUUCAUCGCAGCAACUAGAGGAGCGUGAAAUUAAGGCGUUUCCUCCGCAAGAUCUAGAUAACUUCAGACCCCACCAAAAUGGGGUUAUAAUUAACUGUUAAUGGGAUUUCAUCUGAUUCAUGCAUAUUCUUUAUACGAGUUUUAAUUGGAUAUCUCACAAGAGAACAAGUUCUAGAGAGCAGAGUUCAAUUUUGGCAUUAAUUCAUUGUUGUAUUUUUUUUUAAAAAAAAAAAAUUAUGCCAUGGAUGACUUAAAAGCUUGUUUCUGCAUCCUACUUUUGGUUGUUGUAACACAUGAUAUUUAACUCUCAGCAAUAAACAUGUUUUGAAUGCUUGGAAUA